AGAGAGACAGAGAGAGAGAUGGCAACGGACUUCAGAUCUUUACCAGUCAUCGACAUAUCUCCUCUAUUGGCCAAGUGUGAUGAUCCCGACAUGGCUGAUGAUGCCGGCGUGGCGGAUGUUGUCCGGCAACUGGAUAAGGCUUGUCGGGACGCCGGAUUCUUCUACGUGAUAGGCCAUGGAAUUUCGGAGAGUCUUAUGAAUAAAGUUAGAGAGAUCACUCGUGAGUUCUUUAAGCUUUCUUAUGAAGAGAAACUUAAGAUCAAGAUGACUCCAGCUGCUGGAUACAGAGGAUAUCAGAGAAUUGGAGAAAAUGUAACCAAGGGAAUACCAGAUAUCCACGAAGCCAUUGAUUGUUACAGAGAGAUUAAGCAGGGGAAGUAUGGGGAUAUAGGAAAAGUUAUGGAAGGGCCAAACCAGUGGCCAGAGAAUCCUCAAGAGUUUAAAGAAUUGAUGGAGGAGUAUAUUAAGCUAUGUACAGAUCUUUCUAGAAAGAUCUUGAGAGGAAUCUCCUUAGCUCUUACUGGAUCACCUUAUGAGUUUGAGGGAAAGAUGGCUGGUGACCCUUUUUGGGUGAUGCGUCUUAUUGGCUAUCCAGGUGCUCUGUUCGCUAAUGGCCAACCCGAAAAUGAUAUCGGAUGUGGAGCUCACACUGACUAUGGCUUGUUAACUCUUGUAAAUCAAGACGAUGACAAAACUGCUCUUCAGGUGAGAAACUUGGGCGGCGAUUGGAUAUCAGCCGUUCCAAUCCCUGGAUCGUUUGUUUGCAACAUCGGCGACAUGCUAAAGAUACUUUCAAACGGAGUAUACGAAUCGACACUUCAUAGAGUGAUCAAUAACUCUCCUCAAUACCGUGUCUGUGUCGCAUUCUUCUACGAGACUAAUUUCGACGCGGUAGUGGAGCCAUUGGAUAUAUGUAAACAGAAGUACCCUGCAGGGAGAGGAGGAUCCCAAGUUUUCAAAAGGGCUGUCUACGGAGAGCAUCUCGUUAGUAAAGUCCAGACCAACUUUGCUAUUACUGUUCCUCCACCACCACCACCACCACCGAUUUUUCAGCUUACUGGGUAUCAUGUCAGAAAAGGAAGAUCACACGACAAAGACAGCUACCUUCGAAAACUCGAAAACCAAAACCAUGAUUCCGAAUCGGUGGACCACGAUCAGAAAAUUACCAGAUCCUAUCAAGACCAAAACUUGCAUAACCACGAGCACACACGUUCCAAAUCUGGUACAAACGAGGUGAUCGUAGAGUGCGAGACCACACGAGAGAAUUGGGUGAUCUCAAUAAGAGAAAAGCUCGAGCAAGCAAAUAGAGACGAUGACAGAACUAGCCGGGGUAAGCUCUGUAUCUACAAAGUUCCACAUUACCUGCACGGGAACGACAACAAGUCAUACUUCCCUCAGACUGUCUCGAUUGGUCCGUACCACCAUGAGGAAAAGCAAACCCUAUCCAUGGAGUGCCACAAAUGGCGAGCGGUCAAUAAGGUUUUAAAACGUCUGGACCAAGGCAUUGACGUGUUUAUUGACGCCAUGACAGAGCUUGAGGAGAAGGCUCGUGCUUGCUACGAAGGUCCCAUUAGUUUGACCAGUAACCAGUUCACAGAAAUGCUUGUUCUUGAUGGCAUUUUUGUUCUCGAAUUCCUCAGAGGAGUCUCUGAAGGAUUCUCGAAACUCGGGUACGAGCGUAACGAUCCAGUUUUCGCGAUUCGAGGGUCAAUGCAUUCGAUUCAACGUGACAUGAUAAUGAUGGAAAAUCAACUUCCUUUGUUCGUGCUAAACCGGUUACUAGAGCUACAGGCCCGUAAAUUUAUCCCAACUGGCUUAGUGGCACAAUUAGCAGUUCGGUUCUUUAACCCGCUUAUGCCAACGGCCGAGACGUUGGACGCAAGACACGUAUCCGUUAACCCAUCAGCCGACCACUUGGGCGAUUUGCACUGUCUUGAUGUCUUCCGUCGAAGUCUGCUCUUCCCUAAACUGGAGCCGAGGUCAUUAGGAAAGACAUGGUCUUGGCGUUCGCGCGUGGCGGACAAACGGCUGCAACAAAUGAUACCUAACGUGACCGAACUAAGGGAUGCCGGUUUUCAGUUCAGGAUAAGGAAAACCGACCGGUUUUGGGAUAUCAAAUUCAACAACGGUUAUCUAGAGAUACCCAGUCUACUUAUCCAUGACGGUACCAAAUCUCUCUUCUUGAAUCUCAUAGCUUUUGAGCAGUGCCAUAUUGACUCGAGCAACGAUAUAACAUCCUACAUAAUUUUUAUGGAUAACUUAAUAGACUCUCCCGAAGAUAUUAGUUACUUGCAUCAUUGCGGUAUCAUCGAACACUCGUUAGGGAGUAAUUCUAAAGUUUCAGAUAUGUUUAACCAGCUAUGUCAGGAAGUGGUUUUCAACACUAAGGAUACUUAUUUAUCUCAAUUGUUGAUUGAGGUUCGCGAAUGUUAUAACCAGAACUACUUCAGGAAGUGGAAUGCUUGGAAGAGUGCUUUGAGACACAAAUACUUCGACAGCCCUUGGGCAUAUUUUUCUUUCUUUGCUGCAGUUAUUCUGCUAAUGCUCACAUUAUCUCAAAGUUAUUUUGCUGCUUAUGAUUAUUUUAAGCCAACUUCUUAAUCUUCAUUACUAUUCUUUUGCUGUUUUGUUAGUUAAAUUUGGAAUACUUGAUGUUUAUGUCAUGUUGUAUUUUCUUAUCCAAAUAAAAACUUUAGAUUGUA